CGCGCUGCUCGCGCGCUGCUGCUGCUCCUUUAAGGCGGAGCCUCGGGCUGGUUUUGGCGGGAAACGAGCAGAAAUUCGAGACAGUCGAUCGUUAGCUUUAGCUCGGUUAGCUUGUAUUGUGAGCAGCUGAGUUCAGCUUCACAACAGAAAGUAACUCUGAAGAACAACACACUUCCGUUCGAGUUCAGUAAUUAACUAAAUUCAGCUUCUUCAUGAGCAGCAUUUAGCCCUGAGCUAACAUUAGCAGGUAGCAGAGCUGUGUAGCAUUAGCCUCCGUUAGCGUCGUGAGCUCAGUUGUAAGAAUGGCGACAGCGAGGAGACAGGUGAAGAGGAAACAGCCCGAAGAGAAACCCGAGAAAAACGUGUUCGAGUUCACCGAAGAGGGAGAAAAGAAAGAGCUGAGCGGCUCCGAGGACGAAGCCAGAGCAGAUGAAACUCCGAUAGUGGACAAGCCAGCCAAGAAGAGACCUGCAGCAGACUUUGUAGAGGAGGGAGCGCCGUGUGCUGUCGGAAAUGAAGUUCACUCCAUGUUGGAGAAAUUUGGAGCUGACAUCAGUAAGGUGAUGCAGGCCAAGAAGAAACGUCUGGAGUCUCUGACGAAGAACUACAUGAAGGGAAGUCAACAGAAACUGGAGCAGCUGUGGAACAACUAUCACAGCCAGAGGCAGAAGAUGACUCAGCAGUACUCUCAGCAGGUGUCCUCAGCUCUGCAGCAGUGGGAGUCUGAAGCUCAGCGAGCCGAGGAGCAGGAGGAGAAGUUCAAUAAUCUGUUCAGACAGCAGCUGAAGAUCCUGCAGCAGGCCCGAAUGGUUCAGAACCAGAAGCUGAAGACGGUCAGAGAGCUGUACGAGCUGUUCGUCAAGAACAUGGAGGACAUGGAGAAGAGCCACGACGCCUUCCUGCAGGGGGCGCAGCAGGAGCUGAGGAAGGAGAUGGCCACGCUGCAGAAGAAGAUCCUCAUGGACACGCAACAGCAGGAGAUGGCCACAGUCCGGAAGUCCCUGCAGUCCAUGCUGUUCUAGACUGCUGUUACCACGGCAACGGAGCCGCUUCCUGUUUCCUACGUUACUGUGGUUACUGUUGUAAGCCUGCAGCGUUGUCAUGGUUACGCGCUGACUGGGCCGUUUGUGUUCGUGUUCACGUCGGUGUCUGUUCUGAAAUCAGCUGUUUGAUGUUGCCGUGACGAUGGGACGGCUCGUUAACAAACUCAUUAAAGAUGUUUGUGUUUGAAUAUGAA